CCGGCAUCCGCAACCCACCGAGGAGGCGGCCGAAACGGAAAUCCCCAUACCCAACGGCGGACUUUCCCCAGGAACUCCGCUUACUCAGCACCCUAGAGGAGACACCCAACCCCAGGCCCAUCCCCGGAAGAGAGGGCUGAGACGGAGCGGAGAGGGAUGCGGGCAGCAGCCGUCCCUUACCUUCGGCUGGGAUUUCUCGUAGGGGUCAGUGCCGGCAGCGAUGCGGCUGCUGGGGUGGCUCCUCUUUGGUUCCUGGCUGGUACACAUUGACUCUGAGGACAUCUUUGGCAUCGUGGGAGAAAACUUUACUUUUCCAGUAGAAAUAGAAAAAGAAAUGGUGGAAAUUACUUGGAAGAAAAACAAGAAUAGAGUGGCUGAGUGGGACUUGGAAACUGAAACAAUAUAUUAUAGUUCUCUCCGUAACAGAAGCUUGCUUCACACGGACACUGGGUCCUUGACAAUAUUUAACUUGGAGAAAAGUGAUGCUGGCACAUAUGUGUUAGAAUAUCUACAUUCUAAGAAAGAAUUCAUCCUUGAUGUGUUUGCUCCCCCUCCAGAACCUAAAAUAAGUUGCAACAUCUGUGGUGAUGACAUUGUGUUAAGAUGUGCAGCAGGUCACCCGAAACCUCUGCAUUAUGCUUGGUAUCUUGGUAGCCGUCUAAUCGCUGCUCAGACUCAGGAGCUCGCUUUCUCCAGGAAGAAUGUUGCUGCUUCAGAGAGAGCUACGUGUUCCAUUAAAGUCUCUCAAACGGAAAGGAGCUCUACAAUCUCUUUAACUCAGUGUUUUCCAGAAGAAACAGGAGACAGCCCUGAGGAAAGAGGCAGAUAUGGUCUAAUUGCAGCUUUUGUCAUAGCUCUUGUUGUGUUCAUAGCAGCAGUAGUACUCACAAAAGUUAAAUGUGGAAAAGGAAGACCUGCUCUGAUGGACAGUCCAAUGCAUGGCUCAGGAGAACAUCAUCUGCUUCAUUCUGUCGAGAACAACACAGAACACCUUACCUCAGACAGAGACAAGGAAUUGAACAAGGAGAAUAGUCAUCCGAAAGACAAGCAUGCAGUUUACAGUGAUGUAAAUCAGGAAGAAGUGACCCAGGGUGCAGAAGGUGGAAAUGAGGAGGACUAGAGCAACUCUCCCAGGUGCAGUAAAGAAGGUGGAAAACAGUGA